CUUCAGUACAGAUCACAGAGCACUCUGGGUAGAGGUAAAAGACUUCUUAAGUCAGAAAGAAACUCCCAAGGCGAGAUUCCUAAAGAAAAAUGAGUACCAAGGGAAAAGUUAUUAAAUGCAAAGCAGCCAUUGCCUGGGAAGCAGACAAGCCACUCUGCAUUGAAGAGGUUGAAGUAGCUCCCCCUAAGGCUCAUGAAGUCCGAAUUCAGAUAAUCGCCACUUCCAUAUGCCAUACUGAUGCUAAUACUAUAGAUCCAAAUUUUAAAGAGGCUCUUUUUCCUGUGAUCCUCGGCCAUGAGAGCGCGGGAAUUGUGGAAAGUAUUGGUCCAGGAGUGACCAACUUCAAACCAGGUGACAAAGUAAUUCCAUUCUUUACACCUCAAUGUAAAAAAUGCAAGUUCUGUCUAAGUCCACUCACAAAUAUUUGUGGAAAAAUCAGGAAAUUUGAUACUCCUACCAUUGAUCAAGAACUAAUGGAAGAUAAAACCAGCAGGUUUACCUGCAAAGGAAAACCCAUUUACCAUUUCAUGGGAGUGAGUUCAUUCUCUCAAUACACUGUGGUGUCAGAUGUUAAUCUUGCCAAAAUAGAUGAUGAAGCAAAUUUAGAGAGAGUCUGUCUGAUUGGAUGUGGCUUUUCAUCUGGUUAUGGGGCUGCAAUCAACACUGCCAAGGUCACCCCUGGUUCUACUUGUGCUGUCUUUGGCCUAGGAGGUGUAGGUCUUUCUGCCAUAAUUGGUUGCAAAAUAGCAGGAGCUUCUAAAAUCAUAGCUAUUGAUAUCAAUAGUGAGAAAUUUACAAAAGCCAAAGUCCUAGGAGCGACUGACUGCCUCAAUCCUAGAGACCUAGAUAAACCCAUCCAGGAGAUCAUCAUUGAACUGACCAAUGGAGGUGUGGAUUUUGCCUUUGACUGUGCAGGAGGAUCUGAUACCAUGAGCGCGGCGCUGGACUGCACGACAGUGGGCUGGGGGUCUUGCACCGUGGUCGGAGUAAAGGCUGGCGACGAAGGACCGAAUGUUUCCCCAGUGAAACUAAUAAUGGGCCGCCGCAUAAAUGGAACAUUCUUUGGUGGUUGGAAAAGUGUAGAUUCAGUCCCAAAGCUGGUUGCUGACUAUAAAAAUAAGAAAUUUGAUCUGGACAUUUUGGUGACCCACACCCUGCCUUUUGACAGAAUCAAUGAGGCAUUUGACCUAAUGAACCAAGGAAAAAGCAUCCGAACAGUCCUGACCUUUUGAAGAUGCCAGGAGCCACCGGAGUAUUAUCUCAUUGAUUCUGAACCUAUCUGGUUAAUCUAUCACCUUAUCUGAUGAAACAAAGCAAUCUAUGUUUUAAACCAAUAUUUACAGUUAAUAUCUCAAAUAAAAUCAACAUAAAUCUGUGGCCAUAAAAUAUACUAUUUCAUGUAUUAAAUAACUACAAUAACUGCAGUGUUUCUUAAUGGAAUCUUAAGAUGUUUAGGAACUGUUUAAAACUAGUUCUGGAGAGGUAGAAGUGGAAAAUAUAAGAAUAAUAAGUAAAAGUAGAUCAGUCAAAUGUUUAUAAUUUUGUAAAUUGGGUGAUGGAUAUAUGAAAUUUACUUAUAAUGUUGCCUCUGCUUGUCUGUUGAAAUUUUUCCAUAAUAAUAAGAUUUUUCAUGAAAAAACAUAUAUACUGUAUACAUACAUAAAAUGCUAUUACAUAAUUUCUGUGUUCUAAUAAGCUAGAAGCUACUCCUUUCAAAGAAAGUGCAUGGUCCUGAGUUCAAUUCCUCAUAUCAAAAAAAAAAA